UAGGAACCGGGCUCCUUUUUAAUAGUAGUGGUCCGACUAUUCGUAGCAGCGAUAACCGCCGAAGUGACCGUGAUCCUCCUUGGGACACGAUAACCCAGUCCCGGACCACCCUCCCCACCUUUUUGUUGUGCUUGAAUUGGGCUAGAACCCGGUAACUUCCUACAGUUGAGGUGCAGCACCUAGCACGAGCGUACACGUCUCUAGGAGCAUAUAGUUUGUAUAAGCAGUGAUUUAUAUGAAGAUUAGUAUUUUUUUGCGAACGAUUUGCUUAAUAUUACUAGAGUAAUUAGGGAAAAAGUUUCGUGCCAUGUGAUUUUAAAAGAACACCAGUGAUAAGCUUGAGUGCGUAGAGAUGGAAUACUAUGCGAAUUUUGUCACGAAAUUUUGACUGCAGUAUAUAUGAGGCCAAUAGAACAUUGCCGAGACCUUAUAAGAGCUUUGUGUGUUGCUUGUGUAUGGAAGUGUAGAUUGUGUUGAUAGAACCAAAAAACAUCAACUAUAGUCCAGGAUCAUUUCAAACAUAAGAAGAAAAUACUAGCAACCUAGAACCCUUAAUAUGUUGCUUCAUUUGGCGCUUAUCCUUUUCAAUGUAUCGUGGUCACAAGCCCUCUUGACAUCCAAGGACUUCCAUAGACUUGUCGCUCCGGAGUGUUUCCGCGUCGGUCAGAUAGAGGAGUUAGAAGAUCUACCUCGAACGGUGAAGAGUUUCGUAGAGUUGGUUAGUAAAGUCGAGAAAGCCCACCGUCUGGAGGACGCUGCGGAAACCGCUUCGCUUCUGCUCCGAAGGUUCUCAAUAUCAUACAUGCGACGCAAGAGAACUGAAAAUGGUCAUAUGUUCCUUGUCGAUAAGACGGAAGAAGCCCGUGCGUCAGUAACCGAAGUGCUUCUACGAAGCGCCCCACAUCGUCUAUUUCGUGAAGACUCCUUGAUAUUGGUUGAGAAAUGUGCGCUCUUCUUUAUGUUGUCUCAUUCGAUUGAGCAACGGAAUAAUGGAGCUAAUGUACUUGCAUAUAUUGAGCAUGGGGUGGUGUCACCAGUCGUCCAUCCAGAAGGAAACCAUGGUUUGGCAUUAUCCCCAGUACUUUUCGGGAUUGCUGCAUCUAAAUACGCUUCCAGGGAGUCGACAGAGAGUUUACUUAGAUUACUUCGUCCAUACAGUAAUGUCGUGUCAGAAGGGCACAGCGUUAUCGACCAUCUUUAUGGGCCUACGCUCGCAUCUCUUUUGGGCACCUCAGUUAAAUGGAAGAACACAACAGCUUCACCUAUAAUUGGUAGAAACGGAGUUUGGACAACACCGCUCUGUCCGAAAGAAUUCAAGCUGUCGCCAAAGGUGUCCGAUAUAACAGACGCUCAGCUGUCCGGAGCUAUUGACGGUUUUCUUUUCAAUGUUCUAACUUCCCGAAUAACUAAACAACGGAAGCGACCAUUCACUCUUAGUCAACUACUCUCAACGUAUUAUUCUGCUAGGGGUAUUCGGGAGCUGAUACCCGAGUUUCCCGGCGGCGCUUCGUUUUGCACAAGGGGAAAGAUCUUUCAAAAGUUGUUCUCGGUAGAGCGGUUAACCGAACAGACUUUGGCUAUAGCACGUCUGUUUAACGCUGUCGAGGCUCUUCCGUUAAAAGAGGUAAUUGAAAACUACGCCAUCGUUCCAGCUGUCAAGAAAUUCAGCCAAGAACUCGAACAUAUCAUUACCCAUCCUCCAUCGACAUGUCAGGAAGCACAGCGCCAGCUGCACAAAGGAAGUUGUCAAACAUUAUCCAAUGUGCUCCUUUUGCUCGAUCCUAUAUCUGGACAUCCCCAAUUUGAUGUGUAUCAACGCAAACUCUCGGCAUACCUGUCUGAAGAGAUUCUCGAAAAUAACUCAAACUCUCGCGUUUCUAUAUCAAGCUCUUCGUUAGCUGAUAAUCCGCAUGUCCUUAAUUUGUUCUUCAGCUCUAGUAGGAAACAAAAGAACCCAUCGUGUCGCGUUAGUCGGAGAGCUGAUAAAGGCUGUGCUGAGUGCCACGAAGCUGAUAUAUGGCGUGCUGUGAACGGAACCUGGAACAGCCUUCUUGAAGAUGACGUUGAAAUGGCAGCUGGUACCGUUACACCGUCAAAGGUUGUUGUGUAUUUUAAAUUCAACGAUUUUAAAAGUAAGGAAGAAGACCUUCAGGAUGUAAUCAGAGGACUACGGAGAUCCCACAAGGACCUGUAUAUAUUUGUAGUUGGCCCCAAACCUGAGAUCGUUGAGAAAUUUCGAGCCGACGUCAAGGACGCUGUAGUAAUCAUUCCGCAGGCGGCCGAUGACAAAGUUAUACAGAGAAUUUCUACAGAAUUAGCGCAUGAGAUAUGCCAAACUCCAGCAAUUGUACACUGUACAAAUUGUUUGACGGAUCAUCUCCAAGUGUCGAGUAUUCACCAAGUGUUCUUAUCACCACAAGCUUCGUAUUCGUGGGCAGUUUACCCUGAUGAGUUGAACCGCUAUCCCAUAUUAGUCAACAUCACAAUCACUUCGGAAAAUCUUCCCCUGAGAGUCUGUUACGAAAGGCAAAAUGCCACACAUCAGCGGGUCCCGAUAGAAGAGGAUCAGUGUGAGGAUGCCCAGGCCAACGUUCCCCUUGUAAAGAGCUUUGUUGACUUAUGCCAAUCACAGGAAGCGACAGAAAGUGCCCAUAUUAGUGUGCCAGGCCAUGUCCAAUCUGCCAGAUGCGAAAUGGUCCAUUUUAAGAUCACAGCACUUCCACGGCGGCCGGGCGUUCCUUUCAAGGAAUGCAACCAUCCGGAUUGUAGAUUUCCUGACGAAACGCGGGUGGAAAUCGCAUACUUUGCGGAAUUUGAAGAUGACCUGUUACAAACAUCAAAUCAGUUAAACAUGUUUCGAUAUCCGCCCAUUGACGACAGAAGAGGUCAGAAAUCACCACGGCUAUCUAGUGUUUUGGGUCGACCGAAUUCAAUCGAGCGAGAUUCUCAGGAGACUUCUGAAAAUCGUGAACUUUCUAAACCUUCUGAGGAUAUCAGAACAGAGACUGAAGGGCCCAAUCCGAGACCAGUCAGACCGCAUGACGAGCCCUCGAGGAAUCCAGUUGUCGAUCAUUCACGGGGUAAUCCAAAAGAGGUCCCGGAAAGAAAACUGCAAUUACAUUCUUUAGGCCAACAAAUUAUAGAUCCACCUAAUGAUCAACCCGAUGACACAAGAGAUUUCUUGAAUAGGCCUCAGAAAAUACAUAAUCUGCUUCAACUUAACAAACAACUUCAAUUAAAGCCAGACUCAUCGUACGGACGGCUUGACCCUACUUCAAAGAGACCCGAUGGACUACGCGAGGUGAAUACACCUGGACAUUCUCUGCGAAUUUCUAGAAAUCAAUUUAAACAGUCAGAACGUCCUGUCAGACAACCUGAAAGUCCGUUUCGAUACUCUGAAAGGCUGCCGGAUUUACACGAAACCGCUGAGACAGACUUGGUCAAUGGAAAGCAGCAAAUCGAUAACGAUGAUACUAAUAGAACGAAAUUUUCGGCGAGGGAAAGACCAACAGACUACCCCAGUGAUCGGUCACAACGUCCAUUGCCGCCCAUUAAUAAGUCAAUCGAGCGGCCGUUGAAUUUUUUUGAACUGUAUCAGUUUGUGGACAAGCCAUUGCGGCCCCAUGAGAUGGCACAGGUCUGUUCGUCAUCAAAACAGGAAAGCUUCCUUUUCACAAUCGAUCAAUUUUUACUGAUUCUAAAAAAACUUGAGGAAGGCAAUCCAUCCGUAACCAUUAAAGAGAUGUGCCAGUUCUUGUUGGACAAAUAUUCGUUGGAUAGUCCGUUGAGAGCGAACUCGUCGCUGGUGGAAAAUGAUGUUUUGCGUUCCGUGCAACGUGCUCUGCUUGGGUCCAGCACAUCGUCAAAGCAGACCGAUGGAAAUGACGGGACAACAGACGUGGACGACAGUGUCCUUUUAGCUAGUGAACGGUGCCAUCUUUACCAUCUUCUCUCUUACUCGAAAGAAGCAGAGCUUGAACGCGGUGUUGUUGCGCUAGACUUUGAUGAGGACAUAGCGAUAGCGUUGAAGCCAGUGCUACUAGGUAUACUGGGUUCUCCUUCGCUGGUGGGUGAAUCUUCCCGGAGUAUCAACCAGAUAACUCGAAGUCUCAAUCAUGCCAUUGAAGUGCAACACGACGCGCAGUCGAGAAUAACUAUACUUAGUGCACUAACUUUUGGAGGCAUAUUACUUCCCGAGAUUAUACGUGACGCGCGCUCUGAUUUGGUAGAUUCAGACAGCUAUUGGCAUGAACAAUUCUGCCAAAAUAACUUUGUAAGGCGGCCUGAAAGGGAUGAUGUUGACUCUUGGAUUACGUACACCAGGAUUCGUGGUGCCAUUGAUGGCUAUAUCCUCGGCCUGCAUGGCAAUUUGACGUCGGCAGUUAGCCUUUGUUCUCUCCUUGAUGGAUACUACAGCAACCGAGGUGUCGAUCGCUCGAUGCGCACUAAACCCGACCUCACAUACGAUAAUGGAAACUCGGUCCAAUUGGGAGUGUGUCGAAGAUACGAUCUAUUUCCGGCAGACGUCAUAACUGGUAAUUUGGAGAGGGAAUUUCUCAAUUUUUAUCGUGCGUUUGCCUACGCUUAUCCAGGCCUCGUUAACAGGGUUAGUGAAGCGAUUGUCAUGGACGCAGCAACAAGGGUCAUUAAGAAGAUCACAAGAGCUACCCAGUAUAAACUUCUUAGCAUGCCCAGCUUCUGUGAUGAUGGUCCUGCACUUUCCAUAGCUAAUCCUACAAUUGAGACUGCCACAGAAAUUUAUGUGGUCCUAAAGACGGACGAUGAGCGGUUCAUGCCUGUGGAAGAGAUGCAGCUGCAUUGGGCCCACCAGAAAGCGUUCGUGAGCUUCCUCGCCCGCCAUAUGAACCUUGGAACUCGUCGACGUUUGCAUCUAUUUAUGAACCAACAAAGUAUCGUGCAUGGGCAGCUACUAGGCGUGCCAACAAAACACGCAGGCGCUGCAGCAUCGAGCAUCGCCUGUAAAGCUCAGGAGAUUCUGGGUAAUAGCGACCGUAUGAAGAGUUAUUCGCCUCAAGAUGAAGCGACUGUACUGGAUGCUCUUCAGCUGCACCUCUCUAACGAAACUGAAAUUGGAGCACUAUUGGAAACACGCGAAGGCCAUGGCAACCUACGGCCUGCCAGAAUUGUUGUGUGGCUGGCUCAUGGAAGCGAACAAAGAAGUCCAAAGGGCGUAAUCAAGACAGCUGUCGAGCGUCUAAAACAAAACUUCAAGGAGACAGUGUCAUUCUUCGCCGUGACGACGUCCCUAAGUUCUUAUUUUGGCGAGGAACUCUUUUCUGUGAAGUUUUGGAACAAUGCUACAAAUAAAGGGCAACUAGCGAUAAGAAAUCGCGCUAGAGACCUAGCAAGAGAAAGUUUCCUCGCGCCAUUGAUUGCGUUAUGUGGACCUGCUUGCUUGGAAUCGACCAUACCGGUUCACCUUCGUUUCGACGAAGUCAUAUCCGAGAACGCUGUCAAAGUUGUUCGUUUCGGCACUGAAGAGUUUCCUAGCAUGGUGAGAGCCCAGCUUACCGUAACUCCAACUAAUGGAAUUAUCAAGGUCUGCUAUGACAAGAACGAUGUUCCAUCGAUUGACGGAUGGAGACGCUGUACGCAACUAGCGGACAACGUUCUCUCAUUUCGACCAGACUGCCAAAAAGAUGGACAAUGCGAAAGUAUCCUUCUGGCCAUUAUGGGUGUCCGUGAAAACUGCGAGGCGAGUUCUUGCACCGGGAAAAUUAAUUUUGUCCUCGAUUACGAUGGAUCGCUUUUAAGUAGAAGCGUGCUAUUGGAUAACCAGCUGUUGGAUAAAGAAGCUGGAUAAACGGUACGAUGGACCUUACAAAAGAAAACAUGCUAUACUUAUUUUGAUAUGAUAUUGCAUCGUCUAUUCUAGAACGGCCUCGCAAGCGACGUCAAUCACCCAAGAACAGCCCCGUCUCUUCAUAGAAGCAAGCAACAAUGCGUACACCCCAUUAACAAACAAAU